ACAGAAAACAGUGCCUCUUCAUCACAAUUAGUUUUAGAAGAAGACGUAGUUGCACAACCGGGGGAUACGCAGGAAAAUGAAUUAGACUGGUCACAAUACACUCCAAGAAUGUUAAAAAAGCUUCCCUCGAAACCACUACAAGUUUCAAAGAAAGGUAAAAUAAGAGUGGGUGGAAAUAUUACUAAUUACAAAUGGUGUCAGCUUGCCGACGAGAAAAGGAACAACUCAGUUUUCAAAAAAAAGUUACUUGAAGAAGACCACAAGCAAAAACAGGAAAUCCAUGCAAUAAUGAAGAACCAAUUGCAGGAGGAACAUGAGCAAAAACUGCGGCAUCGUGAAGAAGAACAUUGUGUAAAAUUGAAAUUAAUUCAGGAGGAGCAUGCAUUAAGGAUGACAUUGUUGAAACAACAAAUCACGUUCUCCGAUGUUGAUAAUAAUCAGUAAAUCAGUGAGAUAUAAUAAAUUAAUUUCAUAUAA